AUGCUGAGCAACCCUAUACGCUUCCAGACUACCGAAUUCAAGCCAAGAGCUGUCAAAUAUACGCCUAUCAAUGGCGUGCACAAUGGGCAGGUUAAUAUUAAGCGGGCAGAAGGGGCGGCAGGCAAUGGCGAAGCGGGUCCAUCGAGGGUGAGUGUCGAUUGUUUGGCGAACGCGCACAAAGUGGCCCUGUAGCCUUAGCUGGAUCCAUUCUACCCCCGCUUCUCAGUCAUCACCAAUGCCCAACCGCAAGCGCUUGCGAACAACGUCGGAGCUCUCAGACGAGGAGAGGGAGCGCAUACAUGCCUCUCCCCGCGGCACGCCUUCCUCGAGGUCGUCGGAUGGGAGCACAAAGGAGCUGUAUGCCCACAAGCUAUCUCUCAAGAUGCCUGGCUCCGUCGGUGCUGAGGGGGCAGGAUUGCACAACUUUGGUGAGGGCAUCAGGGGUCAUGCCGCUUCUUUCUGGAUGAUACGCUGCUAUUGCUCACUUGCUCAGCUGCCCUGUCAUCCCGGAUCAAAGGCAACACCUGCUACCUCAACUCCGUCUUGCAAUCCUUGGUGCACAUUCCUCCUCUCGCAUACACGCUACUGGAGCACAAUCUGUCACAGCUUCGCGGUCCGCUAGGAGGUGCUACGCGUCCUUUCGAUGCGCUAGAAGCGAUGCAAGAGGUGGCGCAUAGGAUCCUCGUCCAGCGCAAAACAUCUGCUCCUUCCGAAUUUCAUCAGAAGCUCAAGUCGUACGCCAAGACGCUUAGAAGGGGUUGCCAGGAGGAUGCGCACGAAUUUUUGAGGUUCUUGCUAGAGGCCAUGCAAGCCGCUUGUCUAGUCAGGGCAGCGGGAAGGCUGUAAGUAGUCAUCCGCGUUUGCAAUCCGUCGCGUCGCGCGCAGAGACUGACGCUGCUUGGUCCUUUUAUUUCGUUUUCGUUUUCCAAUUUCGUCGGCUCGCUUGCAGCAAGUCAGAAGAUCCAUUGAAUCGCACCACGCUCGUUCACAAGAUCUUUGGCGGAAGGUUGCGCAGCAGGGUGACUUGUCUCAGAUGUCAUCACAAUUCGGAUACCUUUGAUCCACUGCUGGAUAUCAGCGUCGACAUUCGCAACGGGGGCUCGACAUUGCAAAGCGCGCUCGAUGCGUUUACGAGGACGGAGCAGAUACACGCGCAGGGAAAUAGUCGCUAUUUGUGCGAAGGGUGCAAGAAGAGGGUAGAUGCUAGCAAACGAAUGUCAAUAGACGAGGCGCCCACGGUGCUCACUGUGCAUCUCAAGAGGUUCACCAUCUUUGGAAGCAAAAUGUCCAAGCUCGUAGACUAUCCUCAAAAGCUCGUGCUUUCUCCGCGCCACAUGUCGGAAGGCAGUGCAGCCUCGAAAGCUGCUCAGGGACAGGGACAGAGGUACAAUCUCCUUGCUGUGAUUCACCACUACGGCAAUAGUCCCAAUAGCGGGCACUACAUUGCGCAGGUCAAGGCACCCAAAGGGGAUCGUUGGGUGGAGAUGAACGACUCGAGCGUGAUGCCCAUGAGACCUCCUUUUACCCAAGGCAUCGCCAGCGAUCGAUCCGCAUACAUUCUAUUUUACGUCGCAGAGCCUCAGAGCCUGGCCGACGCCAUAA